GUCAAGGAAGAAUGAAGCAAUAGAUGUAAAGAAACAUCUGGAGAAAGAAGUUCCUACACAAAAGAGAAGUGCUCAACAAUUUGAAAAGAAGAAAACUCAAGUUGACUACUUGGCAAAUUGUGAAGCUACUCAAGCUUGGAUUCCAUGUGUUGAUUCAAUGAAGAAGAAGGAUCAAGCUGCUAUAGUCUGA